AUAAAAUCAAAUUGAGAACAAUCUUCAAAGUCUUCAAAAUCUUCCAACAAACUAUCCCAAAAUGAAAUUCGUUGCCACCACCAUCCUUGCCCUUGCCGGAUCCGCCGCCGCUUUCUCUCCUUUCGGAAAGAAGGCCGCCGCCCCCGCCGUUGCCGAGCCUGUUCCCGUCGUCGACACCCUUGUCGGUGCCCUCGAACCCGUCGGAUUCUGGGAUCCUCUCGGAUUCGCCGCCAAGGCCGACGACAACACCCUUCGCCGAUACCGCGAAGCCGAGCUCACCCACGGACGUGUUGCCAGUAAGUACACCAAAUCGAAACGACGAGACACAUCGAAACGCGCCGACUCUCAUUGAAUUUUGACGUAUUUUGUUCGUUGAAUUCUAUAACGACCCUUUUUAGUGCUCGCCGCUGUUGGUUUCCUCGUUGGAGAAGCUGUUGAGGGAUCCUCCUUCCUCUUCGAUGCCCAGGUUUCUGGACCUGCCAUCACCCACCUUUCCCAGGUCCCUGUCGGAUUCUGGUUGGCCUUGACCAUCUCCAUUGGAGCUGCCGAACAAAAGCGUGCCACCAUCGGAUGGGUUGAGCCCGAAAACGUCCCAGUCGACCAACCUGGUCUUCUCCGUGAGGGAUACCUUCCUGGAGACAUUGGUUUCGACCCUCUCGGACUCAAGCCAGAAGACCCUGAGGAAUUCCGUCUCAUGCAGACCAAGGAACUCCAGAACGGACGUCUUGCUAUGAUCGCUACCGCCGGAUUCAUGGCCCAAGAGCUUGCCGACGGAAAGGGAAUCAUCGAACACUUCACCGCGUAAGGGAAUCGAAGCAAAAGAAGAUCAGCGCCCCAUUCAUUUAUUUUAUCACACAAAAAACACGGAACAGUAAAUUCUCUCACAAACACACAACGGAUCAGGUUCUGGUCGGGACAGAUUCGCAACAAUUUGAGCGACACUCUUAUGUCGCCUUGAUCGGCCACCACAAUUUUUAGACCAGACGAACACAAGUAAUCCCGAAGAACACUGCAGAAGGAUGAACGCAAGUAACUCGAAAUAGAAACCUCUUAUCAUC